AUGUUGGUCAAGUACAACCGGUUGAUGUCGGCGCAUCGGCUGAGCGCCUCAUCGACAAGGUUCUGCUGGUUACCACAGCCGGACAACGUCCUGGACUACGCCCUGUUCGUGUCGCCAGUGUGUCCCGAACUCGGACCAGCAGAACUGCUCGCCGACGCCGUCAGGUGCGCCGACAUUCAGCUGGACAGCGUCACCUGGCAUUCGAUAGCGCCCUCUCGUUGCCGACAUACUGUUAACCACCUGCGAGCGUGGAACGAACUUCUCUGGGAGAUACGCGUAGAGCUCCUGGAGACUAGUCCAGGGAUACUCGCGCUUUGUUCGAAUCCACCCACCACGUGGUGCAAGGAUGACGGUGACGUCGUCCCGGACAAAGGCGACGUGGGCUUCCGCGCUCAGCGCUACAGGAGUGCCGUGCUUCUCUUCCAUUGGCUCCUGCUGAACAACUACUGCGUGAGAACCGUGGAGCUUGACGCCUGCCUCUUGCGUCACCACCACGUGCUGUUUUUCGACACCCUAGAACAGGCACCGUGGUUGCAGCGGCUGAGCUUGGGUUCUUACAAACUCGACGAUGCGUCUACUAUAGGACUGACGCAAGUCCUCCCUAGACUGGUGCGACUUCGGGAACUUGAGUUGUACGAUCUGUCCAUGUGGGGACAGGUCAACGAAUGCUGUGCUUUUGAGCGUGCCACGCGCUAUCUGCUUAAAAAGACGGCAUCGCUAAAGCGCCUACGCCUGACGAGGAUCCUUUUCACAUUAAUUAACGCCACGCGUUUCGUGAAAGGGCUCGAGAAGAACUCGACUCUUGAGGGUUUGCACAUAGAUUGGAAUAUUAUUGAGCAACAUGGCUCGCGUUUUGCCGAUUACCUCGCUGGGAACGUCACUCUUCGAGAGCUCACGAUAGAGGACUGGAGCUACUCGUUGCCUAAUAUGGGCACCGUGUUCAAAGCGUUGGAAACAAACCGAAACAUAGUCCGAAUAGUCGGUGAUGGUAUCUACAUGAACAUGGAAGACAUUCGGGCUUUGAGCAAUGCACUCUUGGUCAACGACGUUGUCGAGAGCAUUGACCUAACCAAGUGCCGCUGGUGCACCGAACACCAACAAGGGGCCAAAGUCGCCGAAAGCAUGUUAGAGCAUGGUGCGACCUGUCACCCGUUCGCGAAUUUUCUAACUCAUAACAAGUCUCUCCAUUUCCUGGGACUUCCUGAAGAUAUGCUGACCAGUGAGUGGGCACAAUGUUUCUUAGAGGCCCUUGGUCGCUCCCACCCGUGCUUGAGGGUCGACGCUGGUUACGUAAACCAAGACAGACUCUGUGACCUACUCCCUCUUGCCAAGUCAAACGGAUGCCUUGGCAAGUUUACCUUCCGAACGACCAUUGACAACGUGAUAUCCGUGAUCACACUCAAUGAGGUACAAUGCCUGAAAGGGGUAAUCUGUCCCGGACCUUCGGAAGCAGGACUUGGGCGUGCGAACUCCUCAAAGCCGAGGAAUCCCGUUCGAGCAAGAUGCCCGCGCAACAGCAAGAGGCACAGCAGUGGGCACAGCAGGCAUGUCACGGAUAACCCUCCUCUCCUCAUCACGGACAUGCGAAGAGCCACGGACGCACUGGAGGAGAUGAUAAGUCUGCUUGUAAUGUCGAAGAAUCUUACGAGUCUGCACAUCAAUUUCUUCCGAGACGUAAGUGAAGAUGCGACGCAGCUCCUGGCGGAUUUUCUGAACCACACGAGGACACUGACUGACUUGGCCAUUGUACUCGACUGCAAACCCGAGGCUGCGCGUAUUAUAUUCGACGGCCUCAACCAUAACAGAAGCCUGUCCACACUAUCGGUGCAGACGUCACACGCGCAGUGUUUCAAGGACCUUCCCGACAAACUGGCAUUUCUCAUAUUGUGCAGCGGGCACAUGACGCGGCUAGAGUUUCCUCUCCUGGGCCCCUCGCAAACGACACAGGUGUACUGGAAGCUGCCGCGACGCGUAAUGGAGGCUGUGCCGCUAGUGGUGUCGCCCACUGACGGGCUGGCCGUGUGCCAGCAGCAGAUCAAGCUCAUCUUCAACAAGGUUCGCACGGACGCCAUGCUCGAGCGCGAGGCGACUACUUUCGUCAUGGGAACAAGCAGGACAACGGCGGCCGCCGAGGCAUUCCAACGGCACGGGGGAAGCCCGGAACUGCUCGCCAGAGUGCGCGAAACGGGACUAUUAAGAGGAGAGCUCGCUCAAGCCAAAAUCAAAGCCGCUCGGGAGCGGCUUGCAUUGGACUUUUUUGUUCUCACAGGAGUCGUGCGGGAGCAUGUGGUGUGUCUAAAAAGUGCGACUGGAGCAACUCAGAUCGAUCAGGUGUUGAAUGCCCGUGUGCUAAUAAACAUCGUCAGGCACCUUAUGGUGUCGGACGUGGUUAGGUGAAAGCCCUUCUUCGUUUUACCUGAAUGAGCAUGGACGUUGAGAUUGAAACUGCCGGAUACAGGCUCUGCACCCGCCCAAGAGGUUGGCUGUGCCUGGAGAAGAGUUUUUUAGCUGCACCAGGAAGCAAGAAUCUCGACACCAGUCUUAUCGAAUUCCAGCAGGAGCGUCGCAAACACACGUCAAUUGCUUGUGACGACGCCACGGAUAUCUGAGCACGGUCGGUGAAGUGAGAGUUGCAACGCCGCGAGAACAACUGCUGUUCCGAACACUUUCGCCUACAAGCAAGCGACUGAGGAGGCGCAGCGGCCUCUGCUGGUGCUCACGGAAGCAAAUAGUGCCACGUGAUGACUUUGUUAUCAUUCUGUACAGUGCUGGCCGUUUAAAGCCUGUGUCGGUGUUUGGGAAGUGUGAAGCCCGUUGCAACAACGUUUAUGCGGCGUUCAUGUUGCCGAGCCUUCCCCGUCGUCGAAGAAGCAGUCUGAUAAAUAACCCUGAAUGAGCUUCCGUGCGACGCUCGGAUAGGCCGGAUGGCUACCGAAGAGCGUUGGGGGAGCUGCGUCACGGCCGUGGAAGCACGCGCAUGCUGAACUCCGUGUACCAGUGCAACAAGAUGGACUCCUUGGUAGAUCAUGAUGGUCUAUAGGGCACGGAGGAGGGUGAACAAACUAAGACACGGCACACGGUGCAGUUUUGUGUAGUUGUGUUUCGAACGGUAGAGAAGGGUCGUGUUAACUUGGCCGGAAUAUAUGCAUGUAGCGCUAAAGACGGCAAUAGCGAGCGGCCGCCUUGAUGAGCCGUAAUAAGGCCUCAGAGAUGGAUAAUUUAUUGGGACCUAUGAAGAGAAGAGGGCAAGUGAGAUUCUAAUGUUCGCUGUGAACCAAGAGACCAAGGGUUAGAGAACUCGCUGCAGGAGGCACGGUAAGACGACGAUUGUCGGAGCAUUGCAGCGGGCCUACCUGAGGACUUUUCUGAUCCACCGCGCCUAAACUACAUGAGACCGGCAACUACUUUCUCUGCUUCCCAGACUGGGAAAUGCGACAGGUUGCGGGCGGCCCUGUAAGACAGCGGCGGAGAGGCGCCGGAGUGAAUGGCCACUGUGGUGGGAGAGGGCGGGCACAUAGGAGCCGCGGGCCACCUCAGUCGUGCGCAGAAGAGUGGUCGGUGUAAUUUCUGCAGUUUCUGACGAGAAUGAAGGCGCAGUCGUUGGGAGAAGAGGUUAGCGAAAGCAGCCACUGCGGAGCGGCGAUAUUGAAGCAGGAGCUGCUUUAGUUGGCGAAUACGCCGACAGCGAGCGCGCUGAGAGUGGCAAUGCGAAAAUAGGAGGCGCUUUACUAUUCGUAGUCUCAAAGAGCCUAUCACCAGAUGCAUUGGAAGCAGACAAGCACGGUGCGCACAUCGCACGCUGUCUGCAAUACAUCGAACCGCGGCACGGCGUCAGAACAGUUCAAAUUUCGAACGAAACCAAUGUUGACAGCCAGGCCUGUAAGCGUGGAUGCAUUGAUACAAACUGCGCGAAAACACGGGGAAAGAAGGAGACAGAUGGGCGCAGACUUACACCUGUGUUUACUGAGUCUAUCAGUAUCAAUCUAUGUUUCCUUGUGUCCCAAGGCUACGCGUACUUCUUUCGACGACACCUAUUAUGACGCGUGGCUUCGAUAAGACAUCCAAUGCACAGCGCGCAAAACCGUCACUGGAAGUGUGCCGCGUAGCAAAAAGGGGAAGACAGAUAAAGAAUGGAGGCAGCAAUCGGUGGAAGUAACAUGAUACGGUCCUUCGGAUUUGGUGCGGGGGAAGGCAGGGAAAGAACGUCGCUUGUGGAUGCUAGUUUUGGCAGUGGGUGUCUGUCGGCGAAGGGGGUAAACGAGCGCAGUAUGGCAGGCAUAAUUUCAAGAAAUUAUUCUCUCUCUCUCUGCGUGUGUCUCUACUGGCAGUGAAGCUCGCUUCAGGGCAUCAUAGCUACGUGGCACUUUAAUUACUCCCGUAUCUCCUCAACUAACACAGCGAUAUGAAAAUUUAGUGAGGGAAAGUGCUUUCUAGACGGCGCUUUACAACCAGUGUAUUAGAAGAUGAAAUUUUCAUGGUAGCACGGAGGGAAAUGCUUUGCUAUUUCCCUAGCUGGACGGUAAAAAAGAAGUCAGUAAAUAAAUAAAAAUAAAGCAUUCCGGAGCUAACAUCCCCACCAGGAUGAGACAUGUGUGCGCGGCAGUGAAAAUUCGAAGACCACUCGACACAUGCUAAUGCAAUGCGAAGGUAUUCACCCAGUAAGACCGGUAGGGAACGUCCGCCGUUCAGGCAUUUAAAUUAGAUGGAAGCAUUAAGCGGUCAGCUGUCGACAUAGGAGAUUUUUAAAGUAUAGGAGGAAAAAAAGAAGGGGAGAGCUUGACAGGACUGGAUCCGUUGCAGGCAUAGGUAACUAAACAAUGUAGAAAUGGAGGUUUUAAGGAAGCCAGAAAUGAUUAGGGAGACAUUGACAAAACGCUAGCUAGGCUGAUGAAUAAUCUGUAUAUUACUCAAUUAGAUAAAGCAGGCUAAGUGACUAUUUGUCCCCGCAUCAUUUUGAAGGAUAUCUGAAUAAAUCAGCAUCGUCCUCAUCAUAACCGAAAGUUUUGAUUGGACCUGGCGAGGGAAUUAUUCAAUAUUAAGGCAGGUUGGCUGAGUUCCUAGCCGUCUUCCGCGAGGAAGCUUUCUUACGGUGAGCGAACGGCUUCCGACGGCGACAAUUCUGCCCGGGCCAUCAUUCAAUUCGUUUCCGAUGACUGUGCAGCGAUCAUUUUGCCAGGACGGGGUAGCGCAAUAAAAGUUGACUUGUUCUGUUGCAGUGCCAGAUCAGUGUCUCUCUACUUUAGUACAGGGGUGUGCGAAUAAUCGAAAUUUUCUAUUCUUAUUCGAUUUGAGUAUUUACUAUUCGAACCGGUCAAUAUUUUUUUAAGACUGCGAAGUCUUGAUUUCAUGGUAACAAAUAAAGCUCAUUGCUAAAACGAAGAAAGAAAGUUCACGGCAAAAGCGCUGUGAAAACAAACGAAAUUUUAUUCACGUCUACUCAGAACUGUUUAUGCACAUACAGAAGAAAUGAAAAAGAACAAAAACGAAGAACAAACCCCAAUGAAGCGAAAUGGCAAGCAGAGAGAAAGAGAGAAUAAACAUGUUUAUUAUGUAA